UUUGGGGAAGUCUUCAGGACCCUAGGCCCUAGGUGCCCUCGGUGUCAGGCUUCACCAUGGUUCCACUUGAGGCUGCGCAUGGUGGUGCUCUACCUCCAUCUGCAGGUCGACGAUACAUUGGAUGUGAGGAGCACAUGCUGGAUUCAGGUACGUCAGUGUCAUUUGCUGGACAACAUGGAUACGGGAAGCGCCAUGUAAAAGCACCGCAGGAGGAGUCUCUCGACUUGUUCAAUCGCAAUGGUGAUGUUGAUGAUCGGCUUUGGGGUAGGAAUGGCCCAGUAGCCAGGGGACCUUCUCCAAGAAGGAGAGAGGUGACGCACACGACGUGGCAGGGCCAGGAUUCACCAGAGGCCAAAGUGGUUUCAAGAUUCGAGAUGAAAUCUUCGAUAGAGGAGUGUCUUGCUGAGAUGUUUGGGAUCACUGUGGCUGAUGCGAAGAAGUGGGAAGAGGCCAAAGUAGAGCACAACGGCAUAUCCUGGGUUGUGCACACACUGAAUCUGGAGGCUGUGUCAUUGUCCAAAGAAGGGUCCACAGCUAAAGCAAUAGCAGAGAAGCUCUCAACGAUGCCGAUGACCGAGCUUCGACACUUUGGAUUGCGCUUCAUGGUGCCGGAGAAGGAGGUCAAGGAGGCUGAGGAUGUUCAACCCUUUCAAUCCCAAGGUGUGCCCCCUGGCAGAAGCAAGGUGGCAGCUGGCGCUGCAGGUCUUACAGAGCAGAGAAGCCUCGAGGCAGACCAAUCAUGGCACCCAACCGAAAGUCGAAAGCGCUACAUAUCCUCUGGGAAGGACAGCUUCAAGAUCCUUUGUCAGUCACAAGUUGACGCCCCUCAAGGAGGGCGGCGCUUUAUUGGAACAAGGGACAACCUGGCAAGCGGCGUGAAAAUCAAAGACGACGUGAAGGACCGAGGAUUUGUCCCGAUGCGAAGGGCUGGCUAUGCCAUGAACCAUACAAGUGACCGGUUGUGGUGAUGGCUAUGGCCGAUAUGAAUCGUUGUUUCAAUACAUGCAUCCUGCAGCCCGGGAAUUUGCUACUGCAAAUAUAAAUAGUUUGUGCAA